UCAUCUCAAGUCUGCUUUAGUCUUGCAGGCUUACAAGAUGCCUCUUUUUGGCAAAAAAGAUUUUGGGCGAAAAUCUAAAAAAGAAAGUAAGGAUACCGAAAGACAGCCAUCCAUUGAAGAUAAGUAUGCCGUUAAGGACCUCCUGGGAACAGGAGCCUUUUCAGAAGUACGCCUUAUUGAGAGCAAAGAAAAUGGACAAUUGUUCGCCUGCAAAAUUAUCGAUAAAAAAGCUCUCAAAGGUAAAGAAGACUCCUUGGAAAACGAAAUUAGAGUUCUAAAGAGAUUUAGCGAAAAUGCAAAAGCGGAAGGAGCCGAGAGAAAGAUGUUUUCUCAUCCUAACAUUGUCCAGCUGCUAGAAACAUACGAGGACAAAAACAAGGUAUACCUAGUCAUGGAAUUAGUAACUGGUGGCGAGUUAUUCGAUCGCAUCGUAGAAAAAGGAUCCUACACUGAGAAAGACGCGGCUAAUCUUAUUAGACAAGUAUUGGAAGCUGUAGAUUAUAUGCAUUCACAGGGAGUGGUGCACAGAGAUUUGAAACCCGAAAAUCUGCUUUACUACAGUGCAGAUGAAGACAGCAAAAUUAUGAUAAGUGACUUUGGAUUGUCGAAAAUUGAGGAUUCUGGGAUAAUGGCGACAGCAUGUGGUACUCCCGGUUACGUCGCUCCAGAAGUCCUGGCUCAGAAGCCAUAUGGAAAGGCUGUUGAUGUGUGGAGUAUAGGUGUUAUCUCCUAUAUAUUACUAUGUGGAUACCCUCCAUUUUAUGAUGAAAAUGAUGCAAAUCUCUUUGCUCAAAUUCUUAAAGGGGACUUUGAAUUUGAUUCCCCAUACUGGGAUGAUAUAAGUGAAUCUGCAAAGGAUUUCAUACGACACCUGAUGUGUGUUGAUGUGGAGAAGCGCUAUACUUGCAAGCAAGCCUUAGCUCAUCCGUGGAUUUCUGGCAAUGCGGCCAGCAACAAGAACAUCCAUGGCACUGUAUCUGAGCAACUUAAGAAAAACUUUGCCAAGUCUCGCUGGAAGCAAGCUUACCAUGCUACCACGGUCAUCCGCCAAAUGCAGAAAAUGAUACUGAGCAGCAGCAGCUCAAGUCGCAAUGCCAACGCUCAGCAGCCCAAACCACAACAAUAGCUCACAUACAGAACAAAGCUGACAAUGUGAUGAAGGUACUUAACGAUUAUACUUCUCUUAUACAUUGUCUUUCCAACUAGCCGUAACAAAAACAACAAUUGCUGUUUCUCAACAAAACAAAUAUGAUCCAGACACAUAUGCAACUCACCACCAUGCUUUACACCGGUUGAAUGACAUUAAAUCUGUAAUUUGUAUGGCCAGUAAGUGGUCUGGUGUGUCACAUAGGGUAAGGUGGUGCGAUGGAAAUGUAUUCCUGUCUUCCAACAUUUUUGUUUUGUUGUCCCAGGUAUGAUGGGUACAGGGGCAAAUGAUGGAAUGUCUAAAAACCAAUCUUGUUUUUGCCAUUUGAUAUAUAUUUCUUUCUAGACUUACAAAUCAGUAACAGGAACUUUUCUACAUUACAUUCUUUGUUUUGUUUCUUAUAUUUUUUAAGUAUCUUCCACCCAAAAACACAUUCCUUGUUCUACCUCUGUACCCUGUAUAUGAAAUAAUACUAAAAUAAAAAACUACACUGUUUCACAAAAGAAAGAAAACAAUUAUUGUAACAUUGGGUGUGAGUAUGUAUUCAGGAUUUGACUUAUAGAAAGUUGGAUUGCUGUACCAACAUUUUAGGGUGUGUAUAUUUGACAAUCAAGUAGAUUGUCAUUUCUUUAACAAAAAAAGACUGGUUCCUUAAGCCCCUGUAUACAUGCUGACUAAUAUGCUUGUUGGUAUGGAAAUUAAUAAUUUGGUAGAUGCAUAACAGUAAUUGAUAUUUAUUGCUGGGGCCAGCAAGCAGCAGCGUCUGAGAUUUGUGUCAUUGCUAAAUUUGUAUCAUUGCUUUUAAUGGCCGAUGCUUUGAUGUUUUUAAUUGGUGAGCAUAAUUCACCUUAAGUUAGAAUUGAUAACAAUCAACGAAUGAAUUGUUUUAAUGGUAUAUUGGGCUAGUCACAGUGUAGUUUAUACAGUUUCUUAAUGUUGUUUUUGUGAAUACAACAUAGUAAAAGUUGCAUUGAGUACUGUCUACAUAAGAUCUGCACAACUUAUAUUCGCAACUGGUGUAAUCUGUUUAGAAACUUUCUUUCCUACAUCUGUUGCAUGCAUUGUUACUCAAAAUUCUUGGAAUCUCAUACUUCAAGUCCAUGUCAUUUAUAAUCUCUAUAUUUAACCUUAUUACAUGACAUUUUUAUAUUAUAUAUUAAUAUGCUAAUUAUACUUGUAUCAUAAUAAUUAAUCCCUUGACGAAUCUUCAUUUGCUGUUUGAAUAAAAACAGUGCAAAGCUAGAAUAAACAUUCUCUUCUAAACAUUCUGUGCUAGUAAAUACUUAUAGUUACGGUGAUAAUCACUUAAUGCUAAGGUUUGUUGCAAGUUGUUAUAAAUAAAUUAUAACGAAGAGAAUAUUUAAUGGCUUUAUAAUGGGCAUGAUGAUGACAAACUAUGAAAGAAUGUAUAUUAUCACAUGAAUGUGAUUAUUAAUUGUUACUGUUUAAAGAAUGGUGUAUGUGAAGUGUAUUGGAGUAAUUCAGAAUUCAUCUAUAAUAAUUAUAGGAACCAAAAGUUUGUUAUCCUAGAUUUUGCUAGUUAUAAUACUGCUAGAGUUUUGAAUAGCUGCUCUUUAGGCCAUUUUGUAAGCAAAAAUUGUAUUAUAGAUGGGCAGACGAUGACAAAACAUUCAAUUUUAAACUAAACACUGUGAGAAUUAUCCUGGAAGUUAUUAUAAUUGCGUAGUUACGGAAAAAAAGAGCACAAAUUCCUGAUAAACCUCGGAAAUAACUAAUUUAAAACUGGGUUGUGGUAAAUGCAGUAUUCCGAAAGAUUUGGAAAACAGUUUAUGAUGAUAUUAGUUCAAUCUUAAUAACAAUAAUAAAACAUAACAUGUCUGAGAAAAAAAAGUUGUAUAAUUUUUUCUUCAUUCCUUAAUUAUGUGUAACAAGAUAGCAUCUUAUGGAGAUCUGACAUCAAAGCUGCCGCAUUCGAAUAAUUACGAGAAUUAGUCCAUUCUAGAACAAUUACCGAAUUGUUUUUAACUCAUUUACCAUCAUUUAAAAAUACAUUUGUCACACUUAAACCAAUACCCAUUUGUUAAUAAACGUUGCAUAACGUCGGAAAAGUUAAGCAGUGUUUUAUCUCAAUUCAAUUAUAGCAUCUUUCAGAUGUCAGAACGUGAAAGAACACAGCAUUAUUAUUCCGCCGUUAUGCCAAGUUUAAUAAAAUGAUAUAGUAUGUGUCGAGCGCUUGUCUUAAUACAAUAAUUGGUUACAAAUUCUUAAUGUUAUUGAAAUAAAUGGAUGUAAUGGAUGUGAUUGUGCGCAUGAUAUUCCCUAUUUAACCAACAUAUACACAUAGUGGUUUAAAAAAAAAUAUUGCAUAAUAUGCUAUAUAUAGUGUAAGUUUUAAUAUUCUAAAUCUGACUCCUUCCUGUCUUUACGUGAAGUUUUAAAAUUCAAACAAUGAAUUCAACAGUGUAUAAAUUCUUCUCAUAUCGAUUUUAAUUGAUACUCUUAACACAAUUCUAUAUAUUCUAUAUAAACACACAGGGCCUAAUACAAAAUAUUACACAAAAAAUGCUUCUAUAUGGGUGUAGGAUGUUCUCACAGUGGCCGUUCAGUUUCAGUUGUUGUAAUGCAUUGUGUAUGUGUGAGUGCAUUACAAGCAAUAAAGCUUCGAAUGCUUUUUGGGUAAUUUUUUUAUAUAUGUAAGCAAUAAACAUUAAUAAUUUUUUUUAUAUAGGACGUUUUCACUCAUAAGUAUUUAACGCCUUUUUCUGAGCUAGUCGCCAUGCUCGAUGAAAACAACUGCUAAAAUAGUUCCACAAUCCAAGCCACAUACUUUUAAUGGGCUUGGAUUAGGGUUCUGACUCAUUGCAAAACGUUUGCAUCUGACUGUCGGCUAGUUAACCUGGAGCUAAAAUUCGAUAAAUCGACUGUCUCACAUUUUAGUUCAAUUGACUGAAUAAAGGCUGAACGAGUCGGCAUGAGAAACGCAAACUAUGCAUUGUAUAAACGCUCCAUCUGUAAUAUAAGGCAAACAAACAAGUCUUAGAUAAAAUAUAUUUUGAAUUUUUGAAUUCAAAUACAAAAAUCUUUUAUGUAGGCCAAUCACAGUAACCGUUCAUACAUAUAUGUUUUCACAAUUGUGAGGUGAGGUGAACUAUAUUUUAUAGAUAACUUAAAAAAGCUGCAAACUAUUUGCGUAAUGAGAUAGAAGCCGCGCCCUGGUCUAAGAAGAAGAAUAAAACAAACUUAGCCGUACAUUAUUAUCACCAUCAUACAGUUCAAUAAAUGCAUAGCUAUCAUUUUCGAUACCAACUUACAUAAUACUUGAGAUCUUAACUCUAAAGGCAUUACAUAAGAAGAUCAAACAAUACAGCCAUUUAGGCUGUAUUGUUUGAUCUUCUACUUUUAAACUCAAGAGGGGUUUCUCCGGCGCAAAUUGAUCGCUUGAUAGCGAAGUCGUUUGUGCCAUAUCUUUGACAAUCCAAUAAGCGCCGUUGGCCGCCUAUUCGUGGCCAGGGCUUGGAUCCAAACCUCAGAGAAACAAUAACAUAACACAAAGUUCCCAAUAUUACGCACACAAAAACAAUGCAUACAAUAUACAUGCAUUUACAGCAACUACAAAACGGCAAUCGCGAGUUAGAUCUACUAUUAAGUCUGAAUAUAAAAAUAUAUGAAAUACAUACGUAUUGUUUUUGUAUUUCUUCUUAAUGUAAUAGUAUUUUAUCUACUGUACAUAAUAGCUUUGGCCUUAUUUAAUACAUAACUCUCGGCUUAUCAAUAUACCUAUAACUACAUGAUGCUUUAAAUUUGAAAUUGUAAUCAUGUAUUCCUAUUGUACUUACUUGAAGGUUAUUUGUUUUGACUUAAUCUUUAGAAAUAAAUUUCAAUACAAGUGUCUGUAAAUAAUUGCCUUUUCUCAAGCUCAUGUGGUUAUUUGCAUGUUAUAAAAGCGUACAGAAUUUAAGGCAGAUUUGUUAUUUUUAUUUUAACUAUUUUUCUUUUACUAAUGUAGCAUAAUAUUUGAUGUAAUUUGUUUAUCUCUGUCCAGUGUUUACAAAGGAGGUUGAAAUCUUUUGGUGUAGGUAGUUUCCCGUCCGCCGUUACCAUUUUUUUUUUGUAAAAAUACCAAGCAUAAAACCCUAUUUACCCUCAAGGCUUAAAGGCGGU